UGUCCCUCCAGCCUUUGGGGAAGAUGUCCCACCAGCAGUGCCCGUGGUGGCUCCUGCCUGUGGAUGGUGUUAAGGACAAGACGGUGCAUUGAGGAUCCGCUCCGCGGGCCCCGAGCCCCGCCGGGAGGAGCAUCCCCAGCGGCCUCCCGCUCGGCGGGGCCGGGCCCUCCCCCGCCCGUCCCUCCCUCCGCCGUCCUCCCCGCGGCGGCCCCGCUCCUCCCGGCGGCCCCGCGCAGGCGCGGCCCUGGGCGCGGGAUGGCGGCAGCGGCGGCAGCGGCCGUGCCGGUGCUGGUGGCGGGCGCGGAGGUGGCGGGGCCGGGGGAGGAGGCGGCGGGAGCGGGGCCGCCGGGGUCGGUCCGCUUGGCCCGGCUGCCGCUGGCGCGGGUGAAGGCGCUGGUGAAGGCGGACCCGGACGUGAGCCUGGCCAGCCAGGAGGCCGUCUUCGUCCUGGCGCGGGCCACGGAGUUGUUUGUUGAAACCAUAGCCAAAGAUGCUUACGUGUACGCUCAGCAAGGAAAAAGGAAAACUCUGCAGAGAAAAGACCUGGAUAAUGCCAUUGAAGCUAUCGAUGAAUUCGCUUUUUUGGAAGGUACUUUGGACUGAGCUGGACAGAGGUGGAGUGCUCUGGAGAAGGAGACUGCAGAGAUGGAUGUGGGGUGGAAAACAGGACAUUGAGGGUUCAAAAAUAGUUCCUAGAAUUGAGACACUGAAAUGGCAACCAUAAUAUUUUGUAUAAAGUUUUAAGUUGUUGUAAGUUGUUUAUUUAAAAUGCAUAUUUUUUUCAUAAAUAUUUUGUAUGUCACUUAACUGUGCCCUGCUGCCAUGGUGCAGGCUGCUCUCCAGCUUGGCCGGGUCACCCAGCGGUGGCUCAGAGCAGCGGUCUCUGCCUCUCCAGGUCUGCAGCACCGCAGAGCUCUGAGUGGAGAGUGGCUCUGCUCUGAUGCCUGGGCACGGUGAAUUUUAUUUUUUUUACAGAAAUGUAUUUUUCUUUGUAUAUAUUUGUUUCUUGGCCAAACACAAUUAAAUUUAUUUUUUGUUGU